CGUGUAAGCAAAAGUGUUCAGUAUAAUUUGAGCCUACGGCACUCCUCGCAGUUGCCUCACGCUAGGCUAGUCACGUUGUAAAGCGUGUGUUCACGUGAGGGUAGGAAUGUGCAUGCUGAUUCUUUUUGUUUGAGCCGUGUCUUGCCAGCCCCUGCGUUGAGCACAGUUGUGCUAAGAGCGCUAGCAAACUGUCUUGUUGAAGCGUAGAUAUAGGCUACAGAUAGACCUGCCCAUUAUCAAGUGUGCUGCUAAAAAUGGAUGAAUAUAAGAAAUCUAUUAUAGAGUUUGUGAGGGGCCAUCCCAUCAUUUGGGACUCCACCAAUAAAGAUUACAAGAACAGAGACCAACGUAAACAACUGUGGGAAGAUAUUGAUUCUCAAGUGAAACCACCAGCUGGUUCAAACACUCACGCCAAAGAUACUUGGGAAAAUAUGACUCGCAGCUUUUCGAAUGCCCUCAAAAGAAAAGACAAACGAUCUGGUAGUAGAGCAGGCAAUGACAAAGAAUGGAAGUUCGAGAAAGAUAUGAUGUUCCUCCUGCCCGUGAAACAACUACGCUACACUUCAGGCUAUAAGCCAGAGACAAGUGAGCAAACCAACUUUGAUGAUUGCCAAGACAAUCCUCAAUCACAGACAUAUACCGGUGUCGACAAUACCCCAGAUGGCGACAACAAUCAUCUGGAAAAUCUUCCCGAUGCUGGUAGACAGAAAUUCGAAAAAGCACACAAGAAGAAAAAAAGAAAACAAGCAUGUACAGAUAAUGAGGACACUAAUUACUUAAUCAAGCUUGUUAAGCAAAGACAAGUGGAAAAGUUGGAUGACUCCCCAAGACUGAACUUUUUUAGAUCAAUGAUGCCAAUAAUUGAUUCAUUCGACGAUGAUCAGUUCAUGAACUUACAGAUGGAUUUUAUUCAAGCCGUCCAAAGGCAGAAACAUGUUCGUCGGUUUCCACACACGUAUGAAUACCCGGCGCAGUCAGAUUCUUCUGCAGAUUCAUAGCAGACAUCAACUAACUACGGCUAUUUCCAGAAUUUAUCAAUCAAUCUACACGUAAAUUAGAUCCAACAGAAUUACAGAAAACAGCAGUGUACUUUUGUGCAAAUAGACCUACAUUAUGAUACACGUGUACUGAUUAUGUUCAACUUUAUUACAAAGGUUCUUAAAACAAGA